GCUUCCCAGAACGGUCUCCUCCCUGCUUAGGACAGUCCCCUGGCUCGCCCGAGACCUGCCUCCUCCCCUGGCCCUCCCUCUGGGCGGAGCAGAGAAAGCCCUGGCGGGAGGCCCCAGGGGAGCAGAAGGAGGCGAAGGAGCAGCAGGCAGCAGGGAGUGUCCCAGAAACCGGUAUCCAGGACAAGGGACCCCUGAGGCCUCCCCCAUCAGCCAGCCAUGCGGACCUGGCCCUCUGUGUCCCCCAGACGCAUCCCCCAGCCCUGCGUUCCCAGCAUGCUCGGGAUCCUCCUGCUCCUGGUGGCCUCCCUGAGUGCUCAGAACACAAGCUGGGACAGGCCCUCUUGCACAGAGGGCGUGGUGUCCGUGCCCAGGGGCCAGCCGGCGGCGAUGGCCUGCAACAUCUCCAACACCUUCUCCCGCAUCACCAUCCGGCUGCGCGCCCACGGAAAGACCGUGACCAUCUUCGAGGAGCGGCCCCCGGGACGCUUCUCCAGGGGUGGCUGGAAGCUCCAGGUGCACGGAGGCCGGGCCCGGCUGGUGAUCACAGCCGCCCAGGACGCCCACGCGGGACAAUACGUGUGGCAUCUGCGAGGGCUCCAGAGAACCAACAGAGCCACGUAUCUGAACGUCUCAGCAGAGUCUCAAGACCAGGAGGAGGCAGCAGGCCUGAGGCCGUCCACACCUCCCUGGGGCACUGCAAGCCAGGUCCCAGGCUCAGAGAGGCUGCAAGCCAGGUCCCAGGCCACGCCCCAGGCCAUGGUAGGGGCGCCGGUUGCUGUCCUUCUCUUGAUCCUGGUGGUGGGCUCCCUUGGCUGGUGUUGGCACCGACGUUCUCUGAAGUUGGUGCAGAUGAGAGGGGCCAGCUGGAGCCCAGCAGAGCUCACCUAGAUCAGGAGCUCAGGUCCUCCAGCCGCACAGUGAGAGGAGCAUGCCCUGCACAGUCCUCUCCAUCCCUCCCACCCAGACAGAGACCCGCCCCUGUGGUCUCCAGCGCCUCUCUGCUGCCUCACCUCUGUCCAUAAAUGGGAAAUCUCAAACUGCACGGCCUUUGAUUGACAGGAUCUGCCCUGCCUCUGCUGCUUAUCAAGGGGGGCCCUGGCUCCUCUCCUGCUGCUGAGCCCCUGUGCUCCAGGGGCUCCCCACUCCCUGAGAGACCCCAGAGCAAGCCAGGGGACCUCCAGCCUUGGCUAAGUGGACCGUGGGCACACGCCUGUCUUGACCAAGAACAGAAAUAAGUUUUGUGGACCCUGCUGCCAGGGGCCCAAGGAUCAAGAUGGGGGGGCUCCAGAUGUGAGAUGCCAUGUGGCCCCAUACCUGGACCUGCUGCAGGAGUCCUUGGGAAGGAGGUGGGAGGUGGGACAGGUGUCUGCUGGCCAGCGCUGACCCCCUGGGGAGGAUGGUUGUGCCUGGGGGCAUCCCUGGCUCAAGUCUACCACACCUACUGCUUUUAAAAAUCUCCCACACGGUAAUCCUUAAACAAAUAUAAUAAACUAACUGAGAAGCACCAACCCACUGGGAAGUCCCGGUGUUCUCUUGACAACCACACAGACCUGCCAGGAGUGGUUGGGCUGCGAAGGCUGUCAUGGCCAGGCCUUGCUCUCCCAGUCUCCCCAGGGUCCUCAGGGGGACCCUGCCUGGGGCCUGGCCCCCAGAGCCAGCAGCCACAGUCCCAGUGAAAACUGGAAUUGCAACUGCUCCUUGGCCAGCCCAGCCGGCUACAUCUACAAAUGGGUAUUUGCUGGCUUUCUGUUCUUAUAAUGGUGACAUUUCUCUAGGACAGGGCCAGCAAAUGAGUUGUCUUCCCAGUUUGGGCCAAAUUGUGAUUAAAUUCAUUUUCCCUUUUUA